GUGCGUGACGUGAUGAGUUCAGGACCAACCAGUUGUUCUUGUUUGUCUCUCAGGUGUUUGUGCGUCUGCAGAUAUUCGUCGUGACAGUUGCUCAGUUCAGACGUCAGCUGUGAUAGAACCAACGACUCUGAGCUCUCGCAUCAACUCUACGACGCCGUCAUGUCCAAGCUGGUGAUUCAUCAGCCUCAGCCUAUGAUGGACGUCCAAGACUCCGACGAGUGGGGAUCUGGGAUCUGUGACUGCUGCCAAGACGUCCCCGAGUGUUGUUUUGCCUUCUGGUGUUGUCCCUGCUUCGCCUGUAAGAUCAGCAGAGACUACGGACAGUGUCUCUGUCUCCCCCUGCUGGACACGUUCGGCUGCAUCCCGCCCGUCACCAUGUCCAUGAGAGUUUCCAUGAGGCAACGUUAUGGAAUCAAGGGAACCAUGUGUCGGGACUGUGUCCACGCGACCUGCUGUAACCCCUGCUCCUGGUGUCAGAUGUCCAGAGAGAUGAAGAGGAGACAGAUCCACGUCCUUCUGGUCGGAGCCAAGACCACAUGACCUCUGUCGCAUGUUUCAACAAAUCACUUCUACUCAUUUUCAUCUUCGCAGCGUGAUGAUUGAAGCCCUUUGAAAAAGACUCGUGAUUUAAAGGCCAAAGUUCUGACUGAAUGUACGGAAGUUAUUAUUAUUUCUGUAAGAAAUACAUUUUAAAAAGAGUUGAAUUUUAAUUGAGUUAUGACCAGAGUCUUUUGUAUAAGACUAAAAUUCUUUACUUUUAAUUUUUACCUACACCAAAACUUAUGUGUCGGGGAAUCUGGUUACAUGAAGCAGGAAAACACAAACUACGUUUCUGUUAUAGAAUAUUUGUACUUUGUUUAUAAAUGCUAGCUCAUAGUUUUCUCAGAACAAUAUUCACGUGAUCAUACAUUGAAAUAUUAAUUGAUUAUUUGGGGGACAAAAAAUCCCAAAUCAUAUUCUUGUGUAAAUAUCAAUUUAAAACGUUUCCUCCGUGAUCUGCUGCAGUGGAGGAUGAUAAACACAAAGACACUUGAUGUGUUGCUGAAGGUUCGUGUGGAUGAUGAUGUCAUGAAACAUAAUCAAUGUUCAUAUUGAUUGAAGACCUUAAAACAUGUAACUUCUUUAGUUCUGAUCAAACAUCCUCAGAAACCUGUUUUAUAGAAACAUUUGAGAUUAUAUAUAUAUUUAUGGAAAUUUUAUCUUUUAUCAAACUAAUUUACUACAUUUAAAAAGCUACAUUGAUGAUUUUGACAUAGUUAUAGUUUUUUUACUUUAUUGCUUUUAACUAUUACAGAUGUAUCUUUUUUAAUUAUUGAUUUACUUUCAAAAUGAAUUAAAAUGUCAACAGUCUGCUGUUAUGUCUUUGUGUAUUUGCGACACAUGUAAAUAUAAAAUGUAGGAACACAACGCGUCCAUUAGGUGGCGCUCUACUCUUGACUACAGCCCUGGAGGUUGAGGUGAAGUUGGGUCACAGCGUCUCAGACCAAUGACGUGGCUCCCUUCUGUCACGUGUGUACACAUGAUGUCGAAUUGGUGAAUAAUUAAAAUAUAUAUCUCA